AACACAGCGCGGCGUGGAUAUAACUGUUAUUUGAGGCCAGUUGCUUUGUAGUCUUUUGUGAAGUAUGAGUCAAAGUAAUUCCUAAACUCUUGUCUCCUCUCCACUCCUUGCGUUCUCAUGUCUACUCCCCCUCGCUCUGUUGCUACGUUGAGGCCCUGCCCUUUCUGUGUGAUUCCGCCGACCGGCUUCCUGUGUUUGCGCGACUCCAAGCUCGAUCUGGCUGAGAGAGAAUCGGGACCCAAGGCUAGGCUAGCCUGCCACCUCAACAUGGAGUAGUUUUGUCUCCUCGACAACAAAAGUAGAGCAUUGCCGUGAAUUAUCAUUGGCACUUUUUACACUGCUGAGGGAGCGGCCGCAAAUGUGGAGAUACGGCUUCGAGGAUACCCUGUCGCUGUAACGGAAGGAUAGAUAUUUCAAUUUUUAUUUAUUAUUAAAAAGAUGGCGAACGACUCCCCGGCUAAAAGUCUGGUAGACAUAGAUCUCUCCUCAUUGCGGGAUCCUGCCGGGAUUUUUGAAUUGGUGGAAGUGGUAGGAAAUGGAACCUAUGGACAAGUAUACAAGGGCCGACAUGUCAAAACCGGACAGCUCGCCGCCAUCAAGGUCAUGGACGUCACAGAGGAUGAGGAGGAGGAGAUUAAGCUGGAGAUUAACAUGCUGAAGAAGUACUCCCAUCACAGGAACAUCGCCACCUACUACGGAGCCUUCAUUAAGAAGAGCCCGCCCGGGAAUGAUGACCAGCUCUGGCUGGUUAUGGAGUUCUGUGGAGCGGGCUCCAUCACAGACCUGGUGAAGAACACGAAGGGUAACACACUCAAGGAGGACUGGAUCGCUUACAUCUCCAGAGAGAUCCUCAGGGGAUUGGCCCAUCUGCACGCGCACCACGUCAUCCACCGAGACAUCAAGGGCCAGAACGUCCUGCUGACGGAGAAUGCAGAGGUCAAGCUGGUGGACUUCGGGGUGAGUGCCCAACUGGACAGGACCGUGGGCAGAAGGAACACCUUCAUUGGCACCCCCUACUGGAUGGCACCAGAAGUCAUCGCCUGCGACGAGAACCCCGACGCUACAUACGACUACAGGAGUGACCUGUGGUCGUGUGGCAUCACCGCUAUUGAGAUGGCAGAAGGGGCCCCACCGCUGUGUGACAUGCAUCCCAUGCGGGCGCUGUUCCUCAUUCCCAGGAACCCUCCUCCGAGACUCAAGUCCAAGAAAUGGUCUAAGAAGUUCUUCAGCUUCAUCGAGGGCUGUCUGGUGAAGAACUACACCCAGCGCCCCCCCACGGACCAGCUGCUGAAGCACCCCUUCAUCCGCGACCAGCCCAACGAGAGGCAGGUGCGCAUCCAGCUCAAGGACCACAUCGACCGCACGCGCAAGAAGAGGGGCGAGAAGGAUGAGACGGAGUACGAGUACAGUGGCAGUGAAGAGGAAGAGGAGGACCCCCCUGAAGCAGAGGGCGAGCCCAGCUCGAUCGUUAAUGUGCCGGGGGAGUCGACCCUGCGGCGCGACUUCAUCCGGCUGCAGCAGGAGAACAAGGAGCGCUCGGAGGCGCUGAGGCGACAGCAGCUCCUGCAGGAGCAGCAGCUCCGCGAGCAGGAGGAGUACAAGCGCCAACUACUGGCCGAACGCCAGAAGCGCAUCGAGCAGCAGAAGGAGCAGAGGAGGCGACUGGAGGAGCAACAGCGUCGUGAGCGCGAGAUGCGGCGGCAGCAGGAGCGGGAGCAGAGGAGGCGCGAGCAGGAGGAGAAGCGGCGCAUGGAGGAGAUGGAGAGGAGGCGCAAGGAGGAGGACGACCGCAGGAGAGCCGACGAGGAGAAGAGGAGGAACGACCGCGAGCAGGUGCGUGCGCCACCACAGGAGUAUAUCCGGCGUCAGUUGGAGGAGGAGCAGAGACACCUGGAGAUCCUGCAGCAGCAGCUCCUCCAUGAGCAGGCCAUGCUACUGGCGGACGACCGCUUCCGAAAGACCGGGCAGGGCUCCCCCCAGACGGCCCCCCCCAAGCAGCCCCCGGUCCCGCCUCGCUCCGAGCCCUUCUCCAACGGGAACUCCGAGGCCAUGCACAGGCCUAUGGAACCACAGGUGCAGUGGUCCCAGCUGGCCGCUCUUAAGAGCAACGCCGCUCCCCCUGUCGCUCGCUCGCACUCGUUCAGCGACCCCAUCCCCAGUCUGUCUCACCUCCACCUGCGCUCACAGGACCCCCACCACCCCAGCCAGCACCACCAGCCGCACCACCCCCGCACUGACCUUCCGCUGCCCCCCCACGCCCCCCAGCCUCCGCAGGGCCAGGAGGAGGUGCCCCCCCGGGUUCCUGUGCGGACCACGUCCAGAUCUCCGGUGCUGUCGCGUAGAGACUCGCCUCACCAGGGCGGACAGCACCCCAGCCAAUCAGGACAGAGGACCACUGGAAGCAGUGCGGAGCCCCGGUUGCUGUGGGAGCGCGUGGAGAAGUUGGCCCCUCGGCCGGGCAGCGGGAGCUCCUCUGGCUCCGCCAGCUCCCAGACCACCGGCCACAACAGCUCAGGAGACAAGUUCAGAGCGCGCUCGUCCUCCAAGUCUGAGGGUUCUCCCAUGCAGCGGCCGGAGCAUGCUGGGAAGAAGUCGGAGGAGAAGAAGGACUUCGCCCGACCUACUCGCCCCGCCGACCUGACGGCGCUGGCCAAGGAGCUGCGGGCGGUGGACGACGUGCGGCCGUCUCCCAAAGUCACCGACUACUCCUCGUCCAGCGAGGACUCGGGCACCAGCGACGAGGAGGAGGUGGACCAGGAGCCCGGCGACGAGUCGACGUCCGGCACAGAGGACUCCAGGGCUGGAUCCUCCAAACUCAGUAACGGUGAGACGGAGUCUGUGAAGACGAUGAUCGUCCACGACGAGACGGAGAGCGACCCCGCCACCACGCCCUGCAAAGACGGCACUUUAAUCGUCCGACAGAGCGCGAGCGAGCUCAAACGGUUGGCCGCGGCCGCCGGCGCCGGUUCCGGUUCUCCCGGGGCUCCCGGGGCCCUGGGCGGCUCGCCUCACGAGCGCAACGGCUACGCGGGCCACCGCGCCCACCUGCUGCCCGACCUGCUGCAGCAGAGCCACCACUCGCCCAACGCCUCCAUGGCCUCCAGCUCCCCCUCCGCCUCCAGCCACGCCAGCCCCUCCAUGUCCCCCCUCGCCCCCCUGGACAAGCUGGCUGCCGGCGAGACCCAGUCGGCCAGCAACACGCUCCAGAAACACAAGUCCUCGUCCUCCUUCACGCCCUUCAUCGACCCGCGCCUGCUCCAGAUCUCGCCCUCAGCCGCCGCCUCCCUCAACAACAUGGUCGGCUUCGUUGGUGACGUGCGGCUCCCAGAUCCGUCCCGCAAGGGUUCGGUGGUCAACGUGAACCCCGUCAACACGCGCCCCCAGAGCGACACGCCCGAGAUACGCAAGUACAAGAAGAGGUUCAACUCCGAGAUCCUGUGUGCAGCACUGUGGGGCGUGAACCUGCUGGUGGGCACGGAGUCUGGCCUGAUGCUGCUGGACCGCAGUGGUCAGGGGAAGGUGUACCCGCUCAUCAACCGCCGCCGCUUCCAACAGAUGGACGUGCUGGAGGGACUCAACGUCCUCGUCACCAUCUCAGGCAAAAAGAACAAGCUACGCGUGUACUACCUGUCCUGGCUGAGGAACAAGAUCCUCCAUAACGACCCCGAGGUGGAGAAGAAGCAGGGCUGGGUCAACGUGGGCGACCUGGAGGGCUGCGUCCACUACAAAGUUGUGAAAUAUGAGCGCAUCAAGUUCUUGGUCCUGGCGUUGAAGAACGCUGUGGAGGUGUAUGCGUGGGCCCCAAAGCCCUACCACAAGUUUAUGGCCUUCAAGUCCUUUGGUGACCUGGUGCACAAGCCCCUGCUGGUUGACCUGACGGUGGAGGAGGGUCAGAGGUUAAAGGUCAUCUACGGCUCUUAUUCGGGAUUCCACGCCGUCGAUGUGGACUCUGGAGCUGUCUACGACAUCUACCUACCCACACAUAUCCAGACGAGUAUCCAGUCCCACGCCAUCAUCAUCCUGCCCAACACGGACGGCAUUGAGCUGCUGGUGUGUUACGAGGACGAGGGCGUCUACGUCAACACCUACGGGCGCAUCACCAAGGACGUGGUGCUACAGUGGGGAGAGAUGCCCACCUCCGUGGCCUACAUCCGCUCCAACCAGAUCAUGGGCUGGGGGGAGAAGGCCAUUGAGAUCCGCUCCGUGGAGACCGGCCACCUGGACGGGGUCUUCAUGCACAAGAGAGCCCAGAGACUCAAGUUCCUGUGUGAGAGGAACGACAAGGUGUUCUUUGCGUCGGUGCGUUCGGGCGGCUCCAGCCAGGUGUACUUCAUGACGCUGGGCCGCAGCAACCUGCUGAGCUGGUAAAACAUGGCCGCCGCCCCGCACUCCGCAAACCCGUCAACAACCCUGACCACGACGAUCACCACGACGACGACGACGACGAUGAUGAUGAUGAUGAAGAAUAUUAGAGGACUGGAGCUUUGUGCAUAGCAGCAGGGCUCAGCACCGCUGGAGGCUGACAGACAACGGCAUCGUCCAAUCACGGCCCUGACUCUGGCUUCAGGCCCCACCUCUCUUUAAAUCCUGGCCAGUCAGGAGGCUCUUUUUCUAGAUAUGCUAGUAUAUAUAUAUACACACGCGUCUUUCACUUGAUUGACAGCUGGUGGCUGGUUUCUGUGUGUCCGAGCUGGACAGGGAAGAGGUAGCGGACUCUGUAAUGUCCAGCCAGUCCAGUCUUACCUGGCAGAGCUCAGCCGGUCCAUACUGUAUAUUCUCCUACAGGGCUAAACCUUAUCGGGUUUUGUUUAUUUGUUUUGUUUUUGUUUUUGUUUUUGUUUUUUAACCAGAUAGAAGUGUUUAUUUGCGCCUCUCUGCUGAGGGAGUGCUGCCGUCUUAUAUAUGCGAUGUGGCGGCGCUCCAGACGAGGAGAGGCGCGUGUGGGGGGGGGCGUGGGGGGGGAGAGAGGAGAGAGACGUAGAACGUGUGGGCGAGCGAGCGAGCGUGAGGAAGAGGAGGUUUGGGUGGAAGGGCAAAGGAUGAAGGACAUUUAGGUUCAGUUCGUUUUUAAAGAUUUUUUUAAGUUGUGAAAGGGAUGAACAGCUGAUCUGGCAUGUAUAUUAGCACCCACACACACCUAUACAGCGCACGCACACACACACACACACACACACACACUCUCUCUCUUUCUCUCACUCACACAUAAACACACCAGAUUUCCAUACUGAGCCAUUGUCUUCACAGAAGGCAUCCGUUUUUUAACUUGCUUGUAUAAUCUGCCAAAUGUAGACUUCAGAACUGCUCUUGAUUUUAGGAAGUUUGUUGUUAAGCAUAGAAAUCUUCAUAAUGGAAACAUAUGCUCUUCUGUCUCUUUCUGUGUGUGUGCGUGUGUGUGUGUGUGUGUGUGUGUUUAUCUAUGUGUGUGUUAGUAAGCAUGCACUUGGCCAAUGAUAUCAUAUCCCUCCACGUAUGUGUGUGUGUGUGUGUGUGUGUGUGUGCGCACAUCAGGUAUUAUGUGCGAUUGCAGACUCAUCUUGACACACUGACUUAAACUCAAACAUUCACAUCUGUUACUGGGGACAUGAUGGGGAUCCAUGGGGCCCUUGAAGGCAGUAACCCCAAGACCACUACAUCAGCAGAACAACAGUAGCUUGCUAUGAAAGCAUUUUGUGUUUUUUCUUUUUUUUCUUUUUUUUUUUUUUUAACUUAUGUAGAUUAAUUUGCUUAAUUCUAGUUUUGUUGUCCUUUCCCAUAACCUUGACCACAAUGAUUUGACUGAGAAGAGUUUGUUUUGUUUUUUAAAAGAAUGCAAGCUAUCUGAUGGACAUGUUUACAGUAUGUAAACUCCGUUGGUUACACUAAUGCUCUUCUGCAUGUGAGUUCACAUAGAAACAUUUCCUCCCCCUGCUUAUUUUUUUUAAAGCUAAUUUUUUUUUUGUUAUCUUUUUAAAAUUGUUUGUACAGGAGAUGGCCUUUGGCGUCGUUCACUUUAAACAGGAUGACUGGAUUCUUUGUGUGAAUUUACAGAUUUCUUUUUUUUUUGCUGGGAUACACCAGGUGUUCCCAUGGCGAUACAGAAACCCAUCGCUCAGACUGUUCCUGAGGACAGUGAUGGCAAGCCGGGCGUUUCUGCUGCGCUUCGCUAACUUCUCUCCUCCGUGUACCCUGGGAACUCUUGUAUUUUCUUGAAAGUCUUUUCAUUAAAUAAACUAAGUAAUUUA